GUCAGCCGUGUAACAGGGCGGAGGGCGUCAGCCAGCCUGGGAUAAUCCGAGGAGGAGAUUCGUAGAGCUGCACCGGUCUUCCUACUUCGCUCUGACGACCCGCUUUUGUGGCUGGGAGGUGGCUCAGCCCCAGAUGGUGCCAUCUGGGCGAACUGAGGGCUGGGGACAGUUUAGGAGUGGGAGUGAAACCUGUUGUAAAAGGUCAGCGCUUUCCGUGGCUCGCUUCCUGACAGAAAGCGUGAAAGAGCCUGUUCUCCGCAGCUGGAUCUCGGCCCCUGACUGUGGCGGGCGUCCUGCGAGCCCACCGGCGCCCCGCACCCUGCCGGGACCGGCGGCUCCCGCACCGUCCAGGAGCUACAGCCCCUUCCAACGUUUCCAGGAAUUCGUCAAAAUUUAAACGGAGGGUAUUGAAGAAUGAUUUCCUGUCGUACCUGCUGAGGGAUGCCAGCGUUUCACUGAAAACCGGCUACCGUGACAGUCGCAGUGUUGUAACUACAUCCCGGAGUGAGGUGUGGGGGGAGGCUAACCAAGGUCUUCUGCACCGGCUAGGGUGAAACGUUAUGGACAUGGCUCCAGAUACCUGGGAUUUUUUUUCCCCUCCAGAAAAUUUGGGCAAAGAUAACUCUAGCUGAAUUUUGUCAUGAGUGGGCAAACUCCACAGGCUGGUUGCAAGCUCAAGAUGUGGACAAAAUGACUGGAAAAAGGGAAAAAUUUACCUGUUUAUCAUGGCCGAAUGUGGGAAACAUGACAGCAAAACCACUGUUUUCAUGUAAUAUUGCAACAGCAUUUCUGUCUUUAAUUAUUGCAAAGAAAUGUGAAACCUACAAUGCAAUGUCAGGGCAAAUUCUUGUGCCUGACGGGCAGCCUCUUGCUGUUAACUGUUCACCGGAAAAGAGCUUGAAAAGUGGGAGCUACAACUUAACGUGGUAUAAAGUUGGUAACCAGACAGCUGUGCCUAGAGACAAACUGUCUAGAGUGCAUCAGCAGAAGAAUUUAAUUUGGUUUCUUCCUGCAAUGUUAGAAGAUUCUGGAGACUAUGAAUGUGUCAUAAGGAAUUUGACAAGCUGGAAGAAAAUGUGUACAAAAGUAACAGUUUUUGAGAAGAUUGAUGGUUUAUGCUUAAAUGAAAAAUUUGCUGUAGAGGAGGUGAUAUUCACAUCAUCAUCUGCAAAGGUUGUGUGUCCACACUUGGAUUAUUUCAGGAAUGAGAAGGAUAUUCAGCCUGUUCGUUGGUACAAGGACUGCCAGCUGCUGGAAGGGAAAAGAUUUGCCUUCUCAAACAGUGAUCUUAUAAUUUUCAAUGUGACUGUACAUGAUCAAGGAAACUAUACAUGUGAAACAACAUGUAACUACAAUGGAAAACAAUAUAACAUUUCACGAGAUGUCAGUCUGAUUGUAGAAGUGAGCCAACCAAAAAAACCUCCAGAAAUAUCUUACCCAAGAAACAACUCUAUUGAAGUGGAACUUGGCUCACAGGUUACAGUGGAUUGCAAUACAACAGGUGCUGAUGGGUAUGAAGUGUUUUGGACGGGCAACGGUGUGUAUAUUGAUGUAUUUUACAUGAGCAGAAUUUUUGCAAGUCCCUAUGAGGAAGAAACCUCUAACGAUGGACGCCCUAUGCAUUCUGUGAAGCUAAUAAUUUCAGAAGUGACUAGUGAAGAUUAUGAACAACCAUUUGUCUGUCAAGCUUCAAAUGCCUUUGGGCAGGUUGCAUCUUAUAUUAUAUUAAAGCACAGAGUUCCUGACAUACAAAGAUGGCUGACUGGAGGGCUUGUCUCUUUGUUAAUUUUAGCAUUUAUUAUUUUAAUAAUCUACAAGACUUUCAAGAUUGAUCUGGUGCUUUGGUACCGUAAUUCUGUCUGUGCCCUUACAAGUAAGGAAGAUGGGAAAACUUACGAUGCAUAUGUCCUGCAUGCAAAAAGCAGUGAAGGCAAAAGUUUCUAUUGUCUGGAGACCUUUGUUCGUAGAAUACUCCCAGAUGUUUUAGAAAAACAAUGUGGAUAUAAUCUCUUCAUAUUUGGAAGAGAUGAUUUACCUGGAGAAGCUGUAGUCAGCGUUGCUGAUGAAACCCUUAAGCAAAGCAGAAGACUGAUGAUUAUUUUGGGAUCAGAAACAUCUAGUUGCUGCCUGCUAGAAGACACCUCUGAACAACAGCUAGCUAUGUAUAAUGCACUCAUCCGUGAUGGGAUUCAAGUGAUUCUUAUAGAAAUGGAUGAAAUACAGGACUACACAAGCAUGCCAGAAUCAAUCAGAUACAUUAAGCAAAAACAUGGAGCUAUCCAAUGGAAAGGUGACUUCUCGGAAAAAUCAUGUUCAGCAAAUACAAGAUUCUGGAAAAAAGUGCGCUAUCAAAUGCCAUUCAGGAAAAAGGUAUCUUAUUCUUAAGUGUAUUUAUUGCCGUUAACUUCGAACAAUUCUGCAGCAAAGGGGAGUUAAGAAGCGCCUAUUAAAAUAAUAUUGAGAAGGUAAUUCUGAAUUGUGAUGUUUCUUGCACAAAGUCUUUAUAUUACAAACUAAAUGUUUUCUUUGAGAUGUAAGAAAUAGUCAUUCCUUCCUUAAAUUACACCUUAAAAGAAAAACUCUGUGCAGCUUUAUCUCUGUUCUGGAUUUUUGACAGUGACCCAAUUUGUUGUGUUAGCCUUCAUUAGAUACGAGAAGUAAAUGUUAUGGUGAUGGUGGUACACAAUUAAAUAGUCACAGUCCACAUGAAUGUUAUAUGAAGAAGCAGCUAUGAGGUCCAUUUUUAAAAAUUGAAACUGCAGUUGAUAUAUUAAAAAUCUGUUUCUAUCAUCAGAAUUUUCCUAGUCUUUCUGUUCUUGUUACUUCUCCAUGAGUGUCUGACUUCCUCAUUGCUGCAGGAAAGCCUGCACUGUGCAAGCCUUGAGGUCCCCUUCUGAGCAAAAGGCCUUAUCCUUGUUUCUUUAAGGAGUUGGGAUAAUACAUGACAUAGCAGGUAUAUUUAAAACUCACAACACUUAAUGUGUUUCAGCUGAACCGUUGGUACCACGUGUGUUCAAUAAAUGACUUUUUAGACAUUUGUUGAAUAAUUCUGUGAUAUCUGCUCUUUGUUUGUUUGUUUGUUUUUUAAAAAAAACUUAGUCUCUUGUAAUGGUCAGGAAACUGAAAAUAUUUCAGAUUUUUUGAGAACUGAAAGUUCUAGAAUGUGCUGCUACUCUGAAAACCAGAAGUUCUCAUUCUGUGUCUCUAACUAUGCACAUAGAAAUUUACUGAGAAUCUAUCAAAGACUGUGCUUGGGCUGGGUUUCCUGCAGAGAGUGGAAAAUGGCCAGUUCUGAAACAUGACCAGAUGGUAAUGGCAAGAAAUGGUAUCUUGUCUAAUUGUGAAAGGAAAAGUUAGAAGCAUGUGCCUAUAUCAAACUGCUUGGAAGUAGCUUGGUAUUUCUGGAGCCAAUCCAUUGUUUU